GCGCCCCCCACCCGCAUACCCCUCGGGGGCCCGGCACCUCCCCCAACCCCGCGCCCCCAGACCCGGGCCUCCAGCACUGAGGUAGGAGGAAGAGAGCAGCAGCAGAGGCGGGAGGACUAGGAAGAGGAGGAGGAGGAACCCGUCGCAGGAUGAAGGAUCGGACUCAGGAGCUGCGGAGUGCGAAAGACAGUGAUGAUGAAGAGGAGGUGGUCCAUGUGGAUCGAGACCACUUUAUGGAUGAAUUCUUUGAACAGGUGGAAGAGAUCCGAGGCUGCAUUGAGAAACUGUCGGAGGAUGUGGAGCAGGUGAAAAAACAGCACAGCGCCAUCCUGGCGGCUCCCAACCCGGACGAGAAGACUAAACAGGAGUUGGAGGACCUCACAGCAGACAUCAAAAAGACAGCAAACAAGGUCCGGUCCAAGUUGAAAGCUAUCGAGCAAAGCAUUGAGCAGGAAGAGGGGCUGAACCGUUCCUCCGCGGACCUGCGCAUCCGCAAGACUCAGCACUCCACUCUCUCGCGGAAGUUUGUGGAAGUAAUGACCGAGUAUAAUGCAACUCAGUCCAAGUAUCGGGACCGCUGCAAGGACCGGAUCCAGCGGCAGCUAGAGAUCACCGGCAGAACUACGACCAAUGAAGAAUUGGAAGAUAUGCUGGAGAGCGGGAAGCUGGCCAUCUUCACGGAUGAUAUCAAAAUGGACUCUCAGAUGACAAAGCAGGCACUAAACGAGAUCGAGACCAGGCACAACGAAAUCAUCAAACUGGAAACCAGCAUCCGUGAGCUGCAUGACAUGUUUGUGGACAUGGCCAUGCUUGUGGAGAGCCAGGGUGAGAUGAUCGACCGCAUCGAAUACAAUGUGGAGCAUUCCGUGGACUAUGUGGAGCGAGCUGUGUCCGACACCAAGAAAGCUGUGAAAUAUCAGAGCAAGGCUCGUAGGAAGAAAAUCAUGAUCAUCAUUUGCUGUGUGGUGCUGGGGGUGGUCUUGGCGUCAUCCAUUGGGGGGACACUGGGCUUGUAGGGCCUCCCACCCUUCUCUCUCCCAGAACCCUUCCCACACAUCGGGAGCAAUACCCCCACCACCCUUUUACUCUAUCCCCUGCUCCAAGCUCACCCCCCAAACAGACCCAGGCAGCCCUACCUCCCUUCACCCUCACAGCAGACCCUGGAGUCCCUGGCCCUCACCCUGCCUUGGACCCCCCCCCACCUCGCUGCACGUAGAUAGCAGCAGGCGUGAUCACACAUGCACACCAACAUGCAUGCCGCCAGGACAUGCUCAAGAUGUGUGGACACCCCAGUGUGUGUGUACUUGUGUAGAUGUAUGUAGAUACCCUGAUUCUUUCUUGCCACCACCUCCAUUCUGUGUGGUCUGAGCUUCCCUCUCCACCUGGGUUGCUGUGUAGACUGUGGUCAAGUAUAACAUGGCAACCUACCAUGCCCCAACCUGUCUUCUGUGAAUAGGUGUGGUGUGUGUGUCCAUGGAAUUAUUUUAUGAGUGUGUGAACCUAAUGCAAAAGCAGUUCCUCCACUGCCACCUCCUCCCAUCUGCUACAAACAGGGCAGGAGGUGGAUGAGCAGUGCAUCCUCAGAGGGUCCAGAGAGGCCCAGACAUUGGCGCAUAUCCCAUACAUUGUAGAACAAACCAGACAUUGGCGCAUAUCCCAUACAUUGUAGAACAAACUCUCCCGGCUCAGUUACUCCCAGGGGCUGCAUCAUGCCCCGGAGACUGUGUGUGUGUGUGUGUGUUUUCUCUUCAGACAGCCUCUUCUCUGUGGACCAGACACAAGUUUUGGGUGGGCACAUCACAGAUACCUGUGUUUCUAAGUUACCUGGAGUAGGACAUGUAUGCAUCCAUAGGACUUUCUACAUAGUGUUUCUGCCCCUGUGUAACACACACACACACACACACACACACACACACAUCUUUAAGGACAUGUACCCCAUCCAGGUUUGUUUCUUCAGGAUCAGUUGCUCCUUCCCCCUUUCCCAGAGCAGCUGACCAACAUCUGAUGUGGCUCUACACACUGCUACAUCAACAUUUUUGUUUUUUUCUUUUUGAGACAUAGUCUCCCUGUAGCCCCAGCUGGCCUGGAACUCACUUUGUAGACCAGGCUGGCCUCAUCUCACAGAGGUCCGCCUGCCUCUGCCUCCCAAGUGCUGAGAUUAAAGGCGUGCGCCACCACACCCAGUUCUGCUACAUCAUCGUUGUACAGGUGGAACAUCCUACCUAGCCACUUUCCAAGCCCUGUGGACACAUGCCCAGAUUCUUAACCUCUCUCUGUUUAGGCCCAAGGGCAGUACUGAGCCUGAGACAGCUAGCACACUUCAGUGAGGAAGUUCCAUGAAGGCAACCACACCUAGGUGCACAUAUGCACACUGGUGCACUCACACAUACAGCAUUGUGCCCAUUCAAAUGCCACACCCAUUUGCACAUGACUGUCUCCUGAAAGGACUGUUGUAGGGAAGUAAUGAGGCAAGAUGUCAAGGGCUGCUCCAGACAGACGGAAAGUUAGAGCAUUGCCCACUUCUGCCUCUCAAACUCCCUUCAGAAAAAGGAGAAGCCAUUGUUUGUCCUUAUUGCCCUAUCUGAUCCUCCAGUCUCUGCUUUAGGAAAAUUGAGUUUAGGAACCUUGAUUUCAAACAUACUGGAGUGGGUUAUCCUUGGACCUGUCCGCUAGACACUUGUGCUGCUGAAACAUCAGUCAUGGCCACUCCCAGAGAAGGGUGACAUGGAGGGUGAGAAGAGGCCUGUUCUCUGGUGGCGAAGAAAAGUCUUCCCAUUGUGUGGAGAACUAUGCAGUUUGUGGAUUGUUUGAUGGCAAGCAAGAGGUAUAUGGGAUAAAGGGCAGUGCUAGAAGUCCCCAACUCCAUGGCCUAUGAACAUGUAGCUGGAACACACAGAUAUAUGUGUCUUGCCCUAGAGUAGGGCAUAAAUGUGUUCUGAGUGAAGGACUGGGGUGUAUGUGUGCAGAACAGAGGUUGCCAUGCCAUGUUGGGCGUGUGUGUGUGUGUGUGUGUGUGUGUGUGUGUCUCUGUACAUGUAUGAAGCGCCCAGGUUAACUGUGCUGAGGAGGGAGCCUGCCUACUCAUUUCUAGAAUAAUCUUCUGCAGGACAGGAGUCUGCCUAGAGUCUGCCCAGAGCCCUCCUGCUCCCAUCCUAGGCUCCUUUGGAGAUGACAGAACAGGCAGGCCCCAACUUCCAGUCCCCUUCUUCUUUCUGCCCAGCCAGCACCCCCUUUUAACCUAAGUGUUUCCAGCAGCCCCCUGCCAUGGUGUUCACAGGAAUGGCAGGGCUGUGGCUGGCAUGCUGCUCCUGCCUCUUUGAACCACCUGAGCCAGUGGUAGCCCACCUCUGAGCCUCAGGUGGAUGAGCAGUUCCUGAGAGUGCUGUGUCCCAGCUUUCUACAAGACCUAUCCAUCACGUGAUGGACUUGCUUGUUGGCUGCUGUCCCUAUGUGUGUCCUGAAGAGUUGCCUAGGGGCUGGUGUCUUUUGCAUGUUCUCAGACAAGCGUGUGCUGUCCACCCUCCACACACCUACAACCAUCAAGCCAAGUGUUCCCUUGGUGGUCCCAGGUUCGGCCAGGGCUCAGUGCUUCCCUUCCCCCCUUCUCCCUCUCCUUGCCUCUUACGAAGCACACUGCGUGUCCAUCUCAUGUGCCUGUGGGUCAGUGCACGCUCUUGUCAUGCCUUGAGCGUGUACACAUGAUGUGUUCUAUGCACUCACCUUGCCCCAGCCCACCCCACAGAGGACAAGAUGGUUGGCUCCUAGCUCCCUUCUCCCAACCUACCCUUUUCCCUGCUGUGUAGCUGUGUGUGUUGGUGUGUUUCUGUGUCGCUGGCGUGUCAUGUGAUGUAGCUGUGUUUGCUGACAUGAGCCCCUGUCCCCUUCUCCUUUUCUCCAUUGGUUUCUAGAGCACUCUCCCUCCCCUCCCCAGAGGGGACAGGACUCCUGGGGUCUGGCUGGGGGCCCAGAGCCUGGCCACCCUCCUGUUAGCCCUCAGAGUCUUAUUUCUCUCUAUUGGUGAUCAAGUUGCAAAUGGAUAAAAUACAGGAAAUUCUGCCCACCCCCGCCCCAGACCUGCAUGUCCUGUCCCCAGAGCCCCCAAACCCAACCUGGGCCAGGUUGGGCCCUGCGGGACGGAGAAAUAGCAACCAAUCCAACAGCGGG